AUGAACGCAGAUAGACGACAAUAUACCCCAAAAGUGCAAAACUCAGAAGAGCCACGAGAAGCAAUUGUGCGGCCCCAAGCAGACACUAGGUUUAAAACGACAGACGUGACCAACACCAAAGGAAAUGAAUGGGAAGACUACUUCUUAAAGAGAGAGCUUCUCAUGGGGAUUUUCGAGAAAGGCUUUGAAAGGCCAGCUCCUGUGCAAGAAGAAAGCAUCCCCAUUGCUCUUGCUGGACAGCAUAUUAUAGCAAGAGCCAAAAACGGGACGGGGAAGACUGCCGCCUUUGUAAUCCCGAUCCUGGAGAAAUGUGACACGUCUCAGAACUACAUCCAAGCCUUGGUCCUCGUCCCCACAAGAGAACUAGCGCUGCAGACUAGCAAUGUAAUCAAGGAAAUCGGAAAACACAUGAACGUGCAGUGCAUGGUCACUACUGGGGGCACUUCAUUGAGAGACGACAUCUACAGGCUUUAUAAAACAGUCCACAUCCUUGUGGGAACCCCUGGAAGAGUUUUAGACCUCGCUUCCAAGCACGUUGCGGACCUGUCCAAAGCACAAAUCUGUGUUAUGGACGAGGCUGACAAGCUGAUCUCACCUGACUUCCAGCCCAUCAUCGAGAGGCUGCUCGUGUUCCUCCCUGCUGACCGCCAGAUCUUGUUAUACUCCGCAACGUUCCCAGUGACUGUCAAAGAGUUUGUGCUCCGAUACUUGCCCGAGCACCACGAAAUCAACCUGAUGGACGAACUUACAUUAAUUGGCGUCACGCAGUACUACGCCCACGUGCAAGAAAAGAAAAAAGUCCACUGCUUGAACACGCUGUUUUCCAGGCUGCAGAUCAACCAGGCCAUGAUUUUUUGCAACUCCACACUUCGUGUGGAGCUACUUGCCAAGAAAAUAACAGAACUAGGCUACUCCUGCUUCUUCAUACACGCCAAAAUGCAACAACAAGACCGAAAUAGGGUCUUCCACGACUUCAGAAAUGGCGGCUGCCGCUGUUUGGUGUCUUCUGACCUAUGUACGAGAGGGAUUGACAUUCAGACUGUAAAUGUCGUCAUCAAUUUUGACUUCCCCAAGAACGCUGAAACGUACUUGCAUAGGAUUGGCAGGUCAGGGAGGUUUGGCCACCUUGGGCUGGCAAUCAAUUUCAUAACUGAAGAGGAUAAAGAAAACUUAUUCGCGAUCGAGCAAGAACUGGACACUGAGAUCAAGCCAAUCCCACCAAUUAUUGAUAAGUCUUUAUAUACCUAA